AAUUUUCGUUGAAAUUGUGAGUUGAUAAAAAUCCGAACGUUGUGAAAAUGCAGCCGUUGGAAAAUUUGACGUUGUGAAAAUAUAGCCGUUAAAAAAUCAGGCUGUUGGAAAAUUUACUGUUGUAAAAAUUCAUCUAUAAAUUCAUCCCAAUUCAAUUCACAAAUCAUCCCACUCAACUCUCUCACAAAUCAUCCCUAUCAAAUUACAAAUCUCAUGGAUCCCUCACAAAACUAUUAUUCGCACCUCCUUGCCGGUGAAGGAUCGACCUUAUACCCGCCGUUCUAUACAGAAGUCGUAGAAGAAGGUAACCCCAUCGAGUUAUCGCAAUCCGCAACACAACAAGUGUCAUCCCAAGAAACACCGACCACAAAGAAGAAGAAGGCUUACACGCGGUCCGAAAAUUGGACUGUCCACGAGGAUAAGCUUCUUGUGUCUGCUUGGCUGAACACGAGCCAAGACGCCAUCCAAGGUACGGGGCAACACAAAGAUAAGUUUUGGCACCGAGCUAACGACUAUUUUAUCCUAUACUCCACCGAUCCAACGAGCCGCACGCCAAACCAAAUGAUGCAUCGUUGGUCAACGAUUCAACUGUCCGUCAACAAGUUCUGCGGGUGCGUUGCUCAGAUUGAAGGAAGACAAAGAUCUGGUACGGGAAUUAUUGACCAGACUGCAGAAGUAAAAGAAUUAUACCAAUCUCUUUAUGGUAAGUCAUUCGUGUUUGACCAUUGCUGGGUUGAGUUGCGUCAUCAUCAAAAGUGGAUCCAACAAAUGGAAUCUUACAAUAAGAUUCGAUCACAGCCGAGAAGAAUCGCUACCUCUGAUUCCUCACCAAACAAUUCCAUGCCAACGACCCCCAUCGGGUUGAACAUUGACUCGGAUGAUGUGGUAGUAAGGCCUGAAGGGAGGAAAGCGGCAAAGCUCAAGAGGAAACAAAAUGUGGAAAACUCUGAGUCCGCUACGUCCAUCAUGGGAGAGGCUUUCGCGUGGAUGAAGCAAACCACCAAUCAAAAAAUGGAUCUAAAACAGAAGAAACAAGAUGACGAUAUCAUGAAGAUGGAUCUCUCAACACUCAAUUCAGUUCAACGACAAUACUUUGAAAUGCGUCAGGCAGAGAUAUUGGAGAGGUGGAUGUCCAAGGAUUCUUCCUAAUUAUCAUAUAUUAUCUUGUAUUAGAUUUAUGAUUGUACUCGCAUCGCAUCCUAAUUAGUUCUUCCUAAUUAUCUUGUAUUAGAUUUAUGAUUCUACUUGAAGUUGAAAAUUUUGGCAUUUAAUGAAAACAACUACUUCAUUGAAAAGAAAAUUGGCGUAGUACAACAACUCGAACUUCUUUGCUGAAAUUACAUUAGACAUAAAGAAACUUAAUCCUCGUCGAUGGAUCCCUUGAGCUGCCACAGAUGCUCGAUCAAAUCAUUCUUUAGUGAUUUGUGUGUUUGCGUGUUCCUGAUCCGAUGAUGAUUUUGGAUGAACUCAGUUAGAGGCACCGUCUGCACAUGAGAAGGUUCAACGACUGGUAUCGAAUCAUUAAAGUCGAAGUUGUUGUCCAAUUGACAAUCUCGUUCAUCUUCAACGAUCAUGUUAUGCAUUAUGAUGCAAGCUGUCAUGAUGUCUUUCAGCACACUAGGUUGCCAGAAACGUCCUGGUCCACGAACAAUCGCAAAUCGAGCUUGCAACACGCCAAAAGCUCGCUCAACAUCUUUUCUUGCGCUCUCUUGUUGUUGAGCAAAGUAUUUAUGCUU